AUGAAAGUGUGGGCUGAUUUAUUCACUGUUGGUUUUUCUGAUUUUAUUAGAUCGAAUCGGAGCAGCAAGUUUUUCUUCGCGAAAUCUAUGAAUUACUUCAUAAACUAUCGAAUAAUUCCUAAACGCAAACGAUUGUUGAAAGACAGUGAAUAUCGUGUAAUUUAUCGACAGUAUUCAACAAUCUAUAUUAUCAUCUGCGUUGAUUUAUCAGAAAGCGAGUUUGGGGUACUUGACCUUAUUCAGGUAUUUGUGGACUUACUGGACCGAACCUUUGAAAAUGUCUUCGAGUUAGACAUCGUUUUCAAUUCGGACAAGGUUCAUUUUCUUUUGAAUGAACUUGUUUGUGGAGGUAUUGUUCUUGAAACCAAUUGUGCUGAAAUUCCCAGAUGA